GGCUUAUCCUCUGAAUAAGAACCACCUAUAGAGGGGAAACACACCUCGGCAGAAAAUGCGAUCUCGUUAACAGGUGUUUAUUGUGGCUGCGCAUUACAGCGCACUCGCUCCCUCACUCGCUUCAUUCACUCUCUCUCUCUCUCUCUCUCUCUCUCACUCACUCACUCCCUCUGCCUCAGUGCUCCUGUUCCUCCCAUGUGAUGCCGUAAAUGUCUUUGGUGGCAUCUUGUGAAACGCGUUUUGGGGAUCUGGACAGAACAAAAGCACUGUUCCUAGGUGCUGUGCUCAGAGAGUGUUAUCUUUUGGAGUGGAAGGCUGCAGGGUGUUGAAUGUGGACGCCGCGUUGAUCCUAUCCAGAAGAUUAAAAUGCAUCAUUCGGAAGGCGCGCGCGUGAAUCCGAGCGCAGUUUCCAUUUCACCUCUGAAAGGAGUGUAAACUCUAGUUAGACUUUACAGUUCUGGAGCAACUUUGAGUUCAUUGUCUGAUUUUCUUUCCCCCUUUUCACAACGAACGAUGCCGGUUGCUCUGAUAUGCGAAGUCGGAUGUGAGCGGGUUAACUGAUCCGUGUAGAAAUCCGGCUGAGGAGGAGAGAGGAGGGGCGAAAUCAGCCUCUCUCAGCGCGCGCUUUUGGGCGUCUCGUCGCCACACUGGCUAUGGCGGCGGUGAUCGCCAGCUCCCUGAUUCGGCAGAAAAGGCAGGCUAGGGAGCGCGAGAAGUCCAACGCCUGCCGCUGCGCCAGCAGCCCGAACAAAGCCAAAAGUGCAUGCGAGAAACCAAGUCGCCUCAGCGUCUUCUCCCGGGUCAAGCUCUUCGGUUCUAAGAAGCGCCGGAGGAGACGACCAGAGCCCCAGCUGAAGGGGAUUGUGACGAAGCUGUACAGUCGGCAGGGCUUCCAUUUGCAACUCCAGGCAGAUGGAACCAUUGAUGGAACUAAAGAGGAGGACAGCAGUUUCACUAUGUUCAACCUCAUCCCAGUGGGUCUGCGAGUAGUAGCCAUCCAGGGUGUCCAGACCAAACUGUACCUGGCCAUGAACAGUGAAGGCUACCUGUACACAUCAGAACAUUUCACACCUGAGUGCAAAUUUAAAGAAUCAGUGUUCGAGAACUACUAUGUGACAUAUUCCUCCAUGAUAUACAGACAGCAGCAGUCAGGCAGGGGCUGGUACCUGGGCCUGAACAAAGAAGGCGAAAUCAUGAAGGGCAACCAUGUAAAGAAGAACAAGCCUGCCGCACAUUUCCUGCCCAAACCUUUGAAAGUGACCAUGUAUCGGGAGCCCUCUCUGCAUGACCUGACAGAGUUCUCGCGCUCUGGCAGUGGUACGCCCACUAAGAGCCGGAGUGCAUCAGCUGUCCUUAAUGGAGGCAAGGCUGUGAGUCAGAACGAGUCCACGUAGCCCAGCUGCUCUGGCCCGCUAACCCUACGCCUUCACCAAAAUCUCCGGAUGCUCGUGACUUCACGCAGACUUCUCUCCAAAAGAAUAAUAAAUGUAACAAAAAAGA